AUGGCGACGGUGGAGGAGCGGAUUAACGCUUUGGAGACCUUCGAUUUGGUUGAUGGGCAGCCCAACAUCGAAGGACCCACGUUUGCCGUGGCUUUCGAGUCCAUGAGCACCAACGGCUAUGGCCAUGUGGACAACAAGGCCUUCGAAACCAAAUGGACGGAGGAAAUCGACAAAGUGCGCCAGCUGCAAGAGAUUUUGCAGCGGGGGGACGCGUUCAUCAAAUUGGUCUACGCCUACCGGUCCUGCUUGAAGGCCAUUCCCCAGGUGAAAGCCCAAGAUGAUCCCAACAAGGGCACCAUUUAUGAAAAGACAUUCGAAGUGCUCGAGCCCGAGAUCAAGAAGCUAAAGGAUCUCAUGUACUUUAUGCGCGACACUGUCAAGCUGUUUGCCGACCACGUCAAAGUGCUGGCUGCCGCUCUCAACUCCGGAAAGAAGAAGCCCAGGCCCAUCUCUGAGAUCUACAUCCACAAGCUCGGACAGAUGCUCGACUUCUUCACCAUUAUGAACGCGCUGAAGAACAUGAAGGCCAGCCCUAACAACGAUUUUUCGUUCUUCAAGCGAACGAUUGGUUUCCUGCGCAAGCAGAUGACCAACGACGAGCAGGCCACAGAAAACCACUCCCUCUACCUGUUCCUCGCGCCCCAGAACUCCAUCACAAUGAACCUCAAGACCGAGCUGCAGCAAAUCAACGGGUUUGACGACGUCUUGGCUCUGGUGGUGAACCAGUGCGCGCGGUACUUCGAGGAUAACAUGUGCCUCGUGCCGCAGGAGAAGCACUCGCUGCUCCGUGCGAUGUCCUACGGCCUCUACCUCAUGGACGGCGACAACGAAAAGCUCAACGUCUUCAAGAGCAAGAAGAUCUCCCUGUCGCCCUUCCAGAAGUUCUUCAAGAAAUACCCGAUCGUGCCUCUGUACGGUGACAUGCAGUUCUCGCUGGAGCAGACCAUCAAGAGCUGCCCCCACUACGACGAGAAGACAUGGGGCCUCCCGCUCGAGGACAGGAAGCUGGCUGUGGAGUACGAAAUCCAGGGCCAGAUCGACUCCAUCCGAACCGAGUACAACAUGUACCUCGCCAAGUUCACCAGCAUGAUCCACCAGAUCAACGCGUGGCGCCAGAACAGCAGGGGCGCCAAGUACAUGCCGGAGGCCGACAACAAGGCGCACUACACCACCAUCUUGGAGGGCCUGCGACUGCUCUCCGACUGGUCGGGCAAGGUGCUGCUCCAGAGCGCGUGGAAGUACGCCCACCCCAACACCAACGACAAGCUCGGAGGCGAGGAGGUGAAGAAGUACGAGCGCGUGGUCAAGCACAACUACACCGACGAGGAGCGCUUCGCGCUCGUGGAGAUCAUCGCCUGCUUGAAGGGCCUUGCGGCGGUCAUGCUGCGCAACGACGGCCUCCUCUCGCCCAUCAUCCGCACCCACAUUCACACCGAACUCCAGGACUUUGUCCAGGUUCACCUUCGCGAGAUGAUCGCCUUUGCCUCGAAGAAGAAGAAGGCCGUCCGUGAGGAGCUCCUCCAGCUGAGGACCAUGGCCGCCGACUGGAAGGGAGGGCAGGAGCCAGACGACCCGGCGCUGUUCGGCAAGAAGGUGAAGACGAGCAAGACCACCACCGGCUCGGACGUGCCGGAGCGGGCCGUGGGUCCCUCGCAGACCCAGCUCGACCUCAUCCGCACGAUCGUGUACGGCCUGGUGGCCCAUCGCUACCUGGACAAGAAGCUCGAGUACUCGGACAAGGACUACGGCAGCUCGUCGAUUAAGGUGAUGGAGGAGUUCCUGCAGAAGUCCUUCUUCUACAAGUACACGAUCAACUACACCGGCACCAUCUUCCAGGUGACCGACCUGGCCGACCUCUGGUACCGAGAGUACUGGCUCGAGCUGGACAAGUGCCUCCAGUUCCCCAUCGAGCUGUCGCUCCCGUGGAUCCUCACCGACCAGAUCCUCGAGUCUGGCAACUCGGCCAUGAUGGAGUUCCUGCUGUACCCGCUCGACCUGUACAACGAUGCGGCCAACAGGGCGCUGUACUCGCUGCACCAGCGGUUCCUGUACGACGAAAUCGAGGCCGAGGUCAACCUGUGCUUCGAUCAGCUCGUCUUCAAGGUCAGCGAACAGAUCUACACCCACUUCAAGAUCCAGGCCUCCAGCCUGCUGUUGGACAAGCCCUACAAGCAGCAGCUCGAGCUCAUCUACAGCGCCGCGCGAUUCCACACGCCCAAGUCGCGCUACUACGUCAUCCUCAAGCAGAGGCACUUCCAGCUGCUGGGUCGCUCGAUCGACCUCAACCACCUGAUCGGUCAGCGCAUGAACAGCAAGCUGAGGCAGAACAUCGACUUUGCCAUCAGCCGUUUCGAGGCCUCCGACAUCACCACCAUCAUCGAGUUGGAGACGCAGCUCAACAACAUCCGACUGAUGCACUCGCUGCUGUCGGAGCACCUCGAGUUGGACAGCUUCGAGGACAUGCUCAACGAGGUCAACGAGAGCACCUCGCUCGUCUCCUUCCACGGCCGUGUCAUCCUCCACGCCAUCUUCGAGCUGGUGUACGACUUCUUCCCGAACUACAACUUCAACUCGAUCACGAACCGGUUCGUGCGCUCGCCGAUCAGGGGCGGCGACGUGCCGCGCGAAUCGAUGCCCAAGCCCAAGAUGCCCUUCAUGUACGGCUCGAAGGCGCUCAACGGCGCCUACGCCAAUGUGUUCCAGCUCCAGCAGCACUUUGUGGGCAUCGACCACUUCAUGUCCCUCAUCCGCGUGCUCGGCCGGACCAACCUGCCGCUGCUCGUCGGCGAGUGCCUCGAGAACUUGAACCUCAAGAUCCAGAACGUGCUGGUGCCCUACGUUCGCGAGCUGUUCGUCGGUAUGCCGCCGUCGACCAAGCUGCCCAUGUUCUUCUACGGUACGGACGGUAACUACGGUUGGUACAAGAUGCAGCUGAAGGACAUGAUCGGCUACGCUGAGCUGAACGAGGCCUUCCGCCACUUCAAGGAGUUUGGCAACACCAUCGUCUUCCUCAACUUGCUCGAGUCCGCUCUGAGCCUGGUGGAGAACCAGCGGUUCGUGCAGACCGCGCCGUUCCUGGGCAUCAACACGGAGAACGUCAACGCGCCGCCGACCGACCAGGACCCCAGCGCCUCCUCCACGGUCUACAUCACCGCCGCCGCCAUCCUGGGUCACCUGGAGGCCCACCCCCACCUCGCCAAGGCUCCUCACAUUCUCAAGGAUUUGCUGGUGCACACGUGGAAGGCGGACAAGUUGUACAGGCCACAGCCGGUGCCUCGUUCGCUGUUCAAGGCCGCUCUCGCGCGCGUCGACGAGAUGGUGGCGCGGGUGAAGGACACGUGGUCGGGCCACAUGCCCGACAACGGUCUCCUGUCGGUCGACCACACCACCGAGUUCUACCGUCUGUGGAGCGCCCUCCAAUUCGUGUUCUGCCUUCCCACGGAGGAGGGCGGCAUGUCGUGUCAGGAGAAGUUCGGUGACGGAUUCGUGUGGGGCGGCAUCACCCUGGUGUACCUCCUCCAGCAGGAGCAGCGCUUCAGGGUGUUCGACUUCUGCUCCCACAUCCUCAACGUCGAGGAGGCCCUGCCCGUCGCCGGCAAUGCCAAGGAUCACACCAUCUUUGCGUUCCUGCCGGUGGCGGGUCAAGUGAGGGACCUGAACCAGCACAUCUUCAGCACCCUGCACGUGUUCCACCCCGUCACCCUCUCCAACAUCCUCAUCCUCCACCCGCCCAAGGAGGAGGUGACCCUGGAGUUCAUCAACCACAACGGACCCAUCGCCUCGGGUGCUUACGACACCACCAUCAGCCAGUCCGGCGACAUCAGUGCGCACCCCUCGUCCGGCCACCACGCGCCGAGCUCGCUGACCCCGCUCAGCUCUGCGCCGUCGUCGGGUUCCGCGCCGAGCCUCUCGCCGCGCAUGGCCGCCGGCGGCCCCCCGCCUCCCUUUGGUGGCGCCCCUUCGCCUCGCGGCCAGCUUCCGCCCCCGCCCGGCAGUGGUCCUUCGCCUCGCGGCUCUCCUUCGCCGCGCGGCGGCCCUCCCCCUCCGCCACUCGCCCGCGACGACGACUACGAGGCGCCUCCUCCGCUGGCUCGCGAUGACUUUGGCGCGUUCGACGAGGAGUACGCGUACAACGACUACAGCAGCCCGCCCCCGUUGCCGCGCGACGAGGAGGUGUUUGACUUUGGCGCGCCGCCGCCCCUGCCGCCCGAUGACUUUGACUACGGCCCGCCCCCGCCGCUGCCCCGCGACGACUUUGGCGCGCCGCCGCCCCUGCCCUACGAUGACUUCGACGCUCCUCCGCCGCUCCCACGAGACUAA